AUGGCCUCCUUCGUUGCCCGCCGUGCUUUCUCCACCACCGUCCGCCGCUUGGCGUCUGGUGAGGAGGCUCUCAAGACCGAGUCCAAGAAGAACCCCGAGAUUCUGGUCCUCGGUGGUGUCAUGGUUGCCGCCUUCAUUGGUGCCGGUUACUACUUCGGCCGCAACCCUACCGCCUCUACCGCCGAGACUGCCGUUCCCCAGACCAAGAACUCCAUGCCCUGGGAGUCUGGCUCGGGCGCUGGCAAGUACCAGUACUACCCCGGCGGUGACCCCUCCGCUGCUCCCAAGGACGCCCCCAGCGCCGUCAACGUUGUCGUUGUCCCCAACGUCAACCUCCCCAAGAACCUCCACGACAAGUACAACAAGUGGGGCAAGGAGGGUUACUAA